UAAAACGCCACGUGUCGUAUCACGCGACCAAAAUUUUUUUUUUUCCCUUUCUCUUCUCCCUUUCUCUUCUCCCUUUCCUCCCCGACGAAACUACUCGACUCACCACCUUCUGAAAUCGCCUCACCGUCGAUCUGCACCGAAUCUCGGUGUUUCCGGUCACAAAGAAUCUCGCAGUUGCCGUUUCCGUUUCCGGGAAAAGCCACGGAACCGAACAGCAUUUGGUGUAAAGAGUUUCCUCCAUAGCUUGAAGCUUUUGAGUACUCAAGCAACAGCGGCUUCAACAUAUGGUGCGAGAGAAGAUACAGAAGACUUGCCUGCAGAGAGAAGAGAAAGAAAGAAGUGGACUCCCACGGAUGAUGUGUUACUCAUCAGCUCGUGGUUAAACACGAGCAAGGACCCUGUCGUAGGUAAUGAGCAGAAGUCUGGGACCUUCUGGAUGCGAGUUGCAGGUUACAUGGCGGAUUGUCCCAAUGCAGAAUGCAGAGAAGUCAGAGAGGCUGGGCAAUGCAAGCAACGGUGGCACAAGAUUAACGAUUUGGUCUGCAAAUUUUGUGGCUCCUACGAGGCGGCAUCAAGACAGAAGGCUAGUGGACAGAAUGAGAAUGAUGUGCUGAAGCUAGCCCAUGAACUCUUCUACAAUGACCACAAGAAAAGGUUCACACUUGAGCAUGCUUGGAAGGAGCUCAGAAACGACCAGAAAUGGUGUGACCUCUUCACUUCAAAAACAGCACAAAACCCAAAAAGGAGAAAGUGUGAAACUGGUACUCAACCCGAAGAGGAGACAGGUCCUGAAGUGGAUGAAGCAACCAUCAGGCCUCUUGGAGUGAAGGCGGCUAAAGGCAAAGGUAAGAGACCUGCGUUGGACAGCAAGCAAGUUGCAGACUUGCAUACCGUGUGGUCCAUAAAGAAGGAGGAUUUGGCUAUAAAGGAGAGAUUGACGAAGAUGGGUCUACUCGAGAGUCUACUCGCGAAGAAAGAACCAUUGACUGAGCCUGAAGAAGGUUUUAAGAACAAGCUCAUGGCUGACCUGAUGUCUUGAAGAAGCUUGAAGUGGUUUUCUGUGUUUUUUCUGUCUUUGAUGUUGUUUUGCUUAUUUUCGGUCAGGUGGGUUUUUCCUGUGUAAUCAGGUUGGUUAGGUUUGUUCUGUGUAAUCUACUUUCAUGCUGUCUUAUGUUUGCUUGAUGUAAGAUAUUUUGUUUAAUGAUAUCUUGUUCUAUGUAAGAUAGUUUCUUUUGUUCUAUGUUUGGAAAAUGUUAAUCAUUUAGUUUAAAACUAUCGGUGAUUGUGUUAUU